AGCAACUUCAAACAAUACAUUGUGUGCUGGUAGCUCUACUCUGAGUCCUCGCGCUAACAGGCGCUACCCACACAGACGAAGCACUCGCUGCCAUUAACAACGUCAUGACCAUAGAGACCUUUUUGCUUCUUGACAACGAGCAACAGGCUAGCCUACAUGACGACCUUAGUUUGUACGAAGCGCACAAGACUAGGCUGCUUAGGGUGGACCUAGGGACACAGUCGCGGACUGACCCGUUCCAGCGCUGGCUCCACAAGUACUUGCGGGCCUUUUGCUACUAGAGGUUGUCGCGAAAGGCUCAGAGCAACAGCGAAGGUCUUGGAUUGGUCGCUAGUCAGCAGCGGUGGACGUACCAGAACACGAUACUGAUAGCUGAGGUUAUCAGUUGUGUGACAACUGCAGCGUUAACAGCUGUCUUCAUCAUUGCACUGUUAGCUAUUAUGUCGCACAAGUUGUCAAGGAAUGUUUAGCUAGUAGUUGUUUUAGUGUGCAUUAUUAUUUUGUCAUUUCUUGUAGUUAUUGCUCUUCCUAAAGGUGUCGAGCCUUAACAUAAUGGCAAUGUCUGCUAGGUACGCUGCUGUGCUUUUGGUAUUUGUUUCCAAUGUUCCUGCAAGUGCGGAGCAA